CAUGCCCGGAUGUCCUAUCAAUUUCGGUGGCCAGUAGUUCAGGUUAGUCGGGUUUGUCAGUUUGUCAGAGAACGGUUGUCUUCAACUUCAACAAAAUCGUAUCGAUCAGCUCGUAAUAAAAAUGGCACCUGCCUUAAACACAACGGCCAGCCCUCUUUUGAGUAACACUACUUCUGUGCUAAACACUACACUUUACACCACUGAAGCUACUAUUUCGCCAUCGGAAUUCAAUUACACAACUAUCACCAUUUAUGUGGACGAUGGUCCAUACAUGUUCUUCUAUCCCAGCUAUGUAGUUUACGUUGUGCUGGUCUUCUUCUUUGUCAUAGCCUUUCCUUUGGCCAUGAUUUUGAGCGCCAAACGCAAACGUGAGGCAGGUGCCCGGAAUCUCGCCCAGCAGAGACAACGAGCCCGUCGCCAAAUGGAGAUUAAUGUGUCGAACAGUUGCAACGGCGGCUCCGGCGGAGCCACCAACGCUUGCAUGACCACCCAGGACGAGGUCACUGUGCUGCCCAAGACCUUGGAUCUGCCGCCCAGCUACGAUGAGGCCGCUUUCAGCGAUCGAAAGCAGGACAGCACCCUGACCAUAGCCACUAGCUUGGCGGCGAGCAACCCCAACUUGGCGGCUGGAAUCAACGAACCACCGCCAGUUUACGAGGCAAACGUGGCCACCACGACCACAUCGACCACCACCACCGUUUUUUUGGUCAACGGCCAGCCACCAGUGGUGUAACUCGGCAAUGCGUUUCACAGAAAUCUUACAUUAUUCUUAUUUCUACCCCUUACAAAACACCUGUACAGUUUUGCCUAUGUAAAUAAUCUUUGCUCCUCGAAA